AUGGGAUACCGGCUACUACUGCUGAUCCCUCUCAGUCCAAUACUCUGCAUCGUGGUCAUCCCCAUGUGGAUUUACGAGCGGCUCUUCCUGAAUGAGCAAGAGCUGGUCGAUGAUGAGCCUAGAGCGCCACAGGUUUGUUACUUGGUAUGGAGGGGAUUUCAGCGUGGCAUUGUGCUACUGACUAGUGUCCUGGACUGGCCCUUAUGUGGCAUUCAUUUCUUUCACUGGGUCAGCCUCUUUGCUCUAGUCUUGUCUACAGAGCUGGUCAAGGCCGUCAAAGCCCAGACACUAGAUCCUAUCUUUCGGAUCGUGGUACCUGCUGUCUAUUUGGCGUGGAACUCCAGAAUAUACAGAUCUCUACCCCAGGAUACAAAAUAUAUUCGUGUAUUGAGAAUCCAUCACGGGCACUCCUCUUGCGAUCUUCGCACAAACCUGGAUAUUCUGGAUCUUGAGAACGACCACAAGGCUUACGAUGCAUUAUCCUACGCUUGGGGAGGACACAUCAUGUUGCGCCGCCUGAUUUGGGUCAACAAUCGUCGCUUUCUAGUGUCUCAUUCUCUACACAACGCUCUCAAAGAGCUUCGGCGCGAUGACCAGGAUCGCUAUCUGUGGAUAGACGCGAUCUGUAUCAAUCAGAGUGAUUUUUCAGAAAAGGGACAUCAAGUUUCUCUCAUGAGAUCAAUCUAUGGCGCUGCGCAAGGGACAAUCAUUUGGCUAGGCAAAGCUACUAUAGAGACAAAGUCAGCUUUCGAGUCUUUUGAGAGUAUUGCAUUGACGGAACCGACCUUAACGAAUGAUAACAUUGCUCUAACCGCAAAUUGGUCACCAUCGCUUCAGCAUUUGGUGCGCAAACGGUGGUGGUCUCGUAUGUGGGUAGUACAAGAGGUUGUGGUUGCUAAACAAGUAUCUGUCAGGAGUGGGCCUCAUGAGAUUGCAUGGGAUCUCAUGUCAGUCUGCCUUCGACGACUGUCCAAAUCCUUCAGUAACGCCAUGGACUUUGCAGCAAUUCAAUUCCUGGACCUAGUUGCCGAGCUGAAGGAACAAAACACGGAAAGAAGUCGUGGACUUGUCAGCCUGGCCUGGGAUCUUCGCGGGCGUAGCGCAAGUAAUGCUAGAGAUAAGUUGCUUGGUCUUGCUGGAUUGGUGGAAUCAACCUCAGCGAGUUUACCUAGAGAUCCAUAUUCGAGGACACCGGAUGAGUUUUUUGCUUGCUUCUCCGCUCUUCACAUCAUGACCAGCGGUAGCCUCGCUCUUAUGGCCUUGGCAGAAGACCUUCCUACCCUUAGGAACUCAUGGGUCCUCAAUUGGGCCAGGUUCGGGCUAUCCAAUAAGCGAAAUCGAAAUUCCUCCAAACUGCAAAAGAAAGUUGUUUCAGUCAUACCUCUAUUACUACACUCGAAAGAGUUGCUGUGGACUGGCGGAUUGACUAAACCGAUAGGUGCGGGUACCCUGAGCGACUAUACGGCGGCUCAAAGUCUCCCUGCGAGAUGCCGGGAAGGAAAACCUCCUUGGAAAUCAAAUUUCUUGACAGGAUGGCAAGAAGACCGCAUAGCUAAGACCGCGUCUUUCUAUCUCGAUUCAAUGCUGCACGUAGCGAGCACGAUCAGAAGCUGGGAGAAAUUCGCGGGCGGGCCAUGGAUAGAUCUCUCGGACAGUCGACGUAGACGGUUUAUAAAUACACUGUUCGCAGGCAAAUGGCAGGGCUCAUUACCCGAGGAGUGGCCAGAGAUGCUCGAGCAGUGGUAUUUGAGUAAAGUACACAACCCUGAUGAAGGUGCCGAGCAUGUACCGGCUCUUCAAAGCAUCGACAUUGAAAUGGACACUACUCUCCUGCCAGAAGGAGGUUCUAACGAAUAUCAGCUGGAACAUCUGUUUGUCGCAUGCUGCGUUCGUCGUAAUUUCUUUGUCACUGAAAGGGGUCGCUUCGGGCUAGGUCCGGCAAAUAUAGGCGGAAAUGAGCUUAUCUGUGUUCUGCUUGGUUCUGACGUACCACUUGUUCUUUGGAAAAGAUUCAGAAAGGGGUAUAGAUUCAAAGGUCAAGCAUAUGUUGAGGACAUAAUGUAUUACAGAGGCAAUCUUGGUGAGGAUAUCGAAAGAGAAAGAGUGCCAAUUCAGGAAUUCGAGAUCUUCUAA